AUGAAAUUCUUCCAGAACUUUGCAAUUCUCUCAAUUUUUACAGUCGCUGUUUCGGGCGCCUCCAAGUUCGCAGACACGUGUGAAAAUAUCGAAGGAUCUGGCACGAUGAUCCGAGCAGAAUGCCAGGACAGAGAAAAUGGGCAGCUUCAAAUAAGCGAACUUGAUUUGAAUCGCUGCAUCAAAAAUUCGAAGGGAUCUCUCAAGAUUAGUGGAAAUUUCCAGGCCUCUUGUAUCAAUUGCAGCCUGAGAGGACAUACGGAGUUUGAAUGUCAAUGCAGAAAUGUCGACGACGACCAUCGCUAUGUGUCCGCUCAUAUCGAUCUCAGUAAGUGA